GUUUACUCCGGAAACUUCCGGAAGGCGGGUCCAUUGUGCAAUUGUCAGCAUAUUAUUUACAUUUUCCAAGUGAUGUGACGUGUAAAACUAAAUUAUCUCUGGGUUGAUUAAUCUAAGGAAGAAAGUAAAUCUACUCUGCGAUAUCAUUGAGUAAAUGCCGCGAUAGUAUCGUGAGAAUAUUUGUGAAGACUUUUUCAAGCAGUAAUUUCAUUGUUUUGACGGUGGUCAAAAGUCCCUGGAGAGGAAGUGACAAGACACGAUGGAAAAUCCGCGAAAGGGAAUGCGAGCCUUGAUUCUAGUGGGUGGAUAUGGGACCCGUUUGCGUCCACUUACCCUGAGUCGACCAAAGCCCCUUGUGGAAUUUGCUAAUAAACCCAUUUUGAUGCAUCAAAUGGAGGCACUUGUCGAUGCUGGAGUUUCUGAGGUCAUCUUGGCUGUAUCGUACAGAGCCGAGCAGAUGGAAGCCGAAUUGAGGCAGGAAGCUGAAAAACUCGGAGUUCAACUUAUAUUUUCGCAUGAAAGUGAACCAUUGGGUACUGCUGGACCCCUAGCCCUUGCUAAGGAAAUUCUUUCAGCGAGUCCUGAACCCUUUUUUGUCCUCAAUUCGGAUGUUAUCUGCGACUUUCCAUUCAAGCAACUUGAAUCAUUCCACCGUGCUCAUGGCAAAGAAGGCACAAUUGUGGUCACCAAAGUGGACGAACCAUCUAAAUAUGGUGUGGUGCUGUACAAUGAAGCUGGAUGCAUUGAUAGCUUCAUUGAAAAGCCACAGGAGUUUAUCAGCAACAAGAUUAAUGCUGGCAUGUACAUCUUGAAUCCGUCAGUACUGUCGAGAAUUGAGAUAAAACCCACGUCGAUUGAGAAGGAAGUUUUUCCUGUAAUGUCACAGGAAAAGGAACUCUAUGCCAUGGAAUUGAGUGGAUUCUGGAUGGAUGUUGGACAACCAAAGGAUUUUUUAACCGGAAUGUGUCUAUACUUGACAUCGGUGAGGCAGAAAAAACCCGAAACCCUGUAUUCUGGUCCAGGAACUGUGGGAAAUGUUUUGGUAGAUCCCACGGCUAAAAUUGGUGCUGGAUGCCGUAUUGGCCCUAAUGUGACUAUCGGUCCGGAUGUCGUGAUUGAGGAUGGAGCCUGCAUAAAACGCUCAACUAUCUUAAAGGGGGCAAUUGUGAGAUCGCAUUCCUGGUUAGAUAGCUGUAUCAUUGGCUGGCGAUCCACUGUGGGCAGAUGGGUGAGACUUGAAGGUAUUUCAGUUCUUGGGGAAGAUGUAAUCGUCAAGGAUGAAAUAUACAUCAACGGUGGACAAGUUUUGCCGCACAAGAGCAUUGCACACAGUGUUCCAGAGCCUCAGAUUAUCAUGUAAGCAUCACCGGACAAGCUAAAAAUUCCUCCAAUAGGGCAGAUCCUUUUUACAGUGUUACUGCAAUCAGUGAACAAUGCGCCACAGUAAAAGUGGCUUUAAAACUUUUACACUUGCAAUCUAUAUUUGUACCCAUUUUGGCUACAUUUUGGAAUAUAAUAAAAAAAUGAGAGAAUAUUAAA